AUGAGAUAUUGUGCAAAAUUCAGUGAUGCACCAAUCCAAGACCACACUGAAUCAUAUCUUAUGAUAAAAGACAAAUCACUAGAUGAUUGUUGGGCACGGCUUCAGUCCGCCUAUGAUUUGGUUUUUUCAAAGCCAGAUGACAGCCUACCCGAAAACUUUAAUAAUUCGGUAGAAGGCAAGUACUUCACUUGCCUUGAAUUAUAUGAGGUGACCAAAGCUAAAAUUGCCGAUCAACUGUCGUUGAUUAGAGCAAUCGCCGCACCGAGUCCACCGAGUCGCGGGGAACACACCUCGGCAGAGGCAAACGUUUUCCUCCAAGUCCCACCUUGUGACACGGAGACAUUUUACGGCGGUUACGAAAAAUUUCCCGCUUUUCGUGACAUGUUCACAGCGGUGUACAUCAACCACCCGAAGCUCUCCCGUGCUCAAAAAUUCUAUCACCUCCGAUACAAAACCCAAGGUAAAGCUGGCUCCAUCGUCAAGCAAUAUCCGCUUAGCGACGAUAACUUCGAGCUGGCCUGGGAAGCUUUACGGUCACGAUACGAAAACAAACGUAUCCUUGUUGACAACCAAAUUAAAAUUUUGAUGACUUUGCCGACUAUUCAAUCCGAGAAUAGCGAGCAACUUCAGAGGCUGCAAACAUCAAUUAACAACUGUCUGUCAGUUCUUAAUUCCCAAGACGUCCAUACAGACAGUUGGGAUCCCAUAUUGGUGUACAUAUGCUCAUCCAAAUUGCCCGAAACCACACUGUCACUUUGGGAACAAUCUCUCUCUUCUCGAAGAGAUUUACCCUCAUGGUCACAAAUGGACGAUUUUCUUACUUCAAGAUACGAAGUAGUCGAAAGUCUUAACCGGCUUCAUCCAAGCCAAAAUAAACAAAAACCAGUCGCUCAUCAAAAUGCUGCGCAAAACAGGUCCUUUAACAGGAGUCAAACCUUUGUGGCAGAACCUAAGAGGGAACCAGCUUGCUCUUACUGCAAGUCCCCUCAUCCCAUUAGAGUCUGCCCACAAUUUAAGCGAAUUUCGGUACCAAACCGAGUACAAUUCGCAAACCAACCCAAGCUGUGCAAAAACUGCCUUGGUAAUACCCAUAGCACUAAUGAGUGUCCGAGCAAGUGGUCAUGUACACAUUGCCAACAACGGCAUCACUCCCUGCUGCACAUGAAUCCCAAACCACAAUCUCGACACUCCAGUGCGCGAGCGAAUGAAACCGCCGCACAACACACUACUGCCCAGUCGACACCUCCCGCUCGACAAGCGCAGUCAAGCUCAGAUUCCAGCGAGCAACCGUGCUGUUCCAAACAAGCACAAAUACAAUCAUUGCACACCGCCAAUGAUAGCAAAAUUCUCCUUCCAACUGCCAUAGUCGCAGUUGAACACGAGGGUGAAUUGUUUCAACUUAGAGCCCUGAUUGAUCAAGGCUCACAGAGAACUUUCAUUUCCUCGAAAGUUCAAAAACGAUUGAAACUACCAUUCGAACAUUCCAAGUUCGAAAUUUCCGGCAUGGGUGGACAUGUAGUACAAAACUCCUCAAAGCUUUGUCCACUCACAUUGGUUGCACCAAAAACCAAGCAACGGAUAAACACACAGGCUAUCGUGUUACCUCAGCUCACGAGGCACAUGCCUACAUUCACCAUUAGCCGUGAAAACUGGCAGCGAUUCAAGAUCCUUGAACUUGCUGACCCAAGUUGCCACAUACCAGCUCAAACUGAUAUGGUAAUCGGCAGCGAUAUACUUCCACAAAUCCUGCUCGAAGGUACACAAAAGAUUUGCGACACUAUCCUUGCGCAAAAAACAAUAUUUGGCUGGAUUCUCAGUGGUCCAAUAACCAAAAAUGUAAUGGCAUUCUCGACACAAGUAGAAGAGUGCUCGAAUGCAACUCUCAGCUCUCAGCUUCGAAAGUUUUGGGAAGAAGAAGGAAUUCCACAACCUCCACAAAUUUCCCCUGAAGAUCAGGCAUGUGAGCAUAUAUAUGCAACAACAACGACUCGUGCCCCAAACGGUCGAUACAUUGUGCGACUUCCAUUCAAGGAAGAAUUUCCAAAAAAGCUGUCUCUGGGCCACUCUCGGUCAGCUGCACUUCAGCAGUUUUUCAGUAUGGAGCGAUCGCUUCAGAAAAAAGGAGACUUAGCCACAAUGUACAAUAAUGUGUUGCAAGAGUAUCUCGACCUCGGUCAUAUGGAGCACACGAAGCCAUGCGAGAUAAUUUCCAAUGGCAAAUACUUCUCUUUCUACUUGCCACAUCAUGCGGUCGUCAAACUAGAUAAGGUGACCACCAAGUUUCGCGUGGUAUUCAACGCCUCAAAAACAUCUGGCUCAGGAAAUUCCCUGAAUGACGUGUUGCACACUGGUCCCACACUCCAGCCAGAUCUCAUGCUGCUCAUUCUGCAGUGGCGAAUGCACAGAUUCGUGUUCAAUGGCGACAUUGAAAAAAUGUAUCGUCAAAUACUCAUCCAUGAGGACGAUAAAGAUUUUCAGCGAAUCUUAUUUCGCACAUCGGCUGACUCUCCUGUCACCGAUUAUAAUCUUAAAACCGUAACGUUCGGGGUUAAUUGUGCACCAUACCUCGCUAUCUGUACCCUGCAUCAAUUAGCAGAUGAUACGAUAGCGACAUUUCCCUUGGCUGCCACAAUACUUAAAACCGAAACGUAUGUGGAUGACAUCUUAUCCGGAAGUCAUGAUAUUGACAACGCCACUGAAUCACUUUUGUGA